GGUGUGGCUGGUAACUUGCACAUACACAACAACAAGAGCAACAUCAAUCAUGUUGAAGCUUAUACUAGAGGCUGGCUAUGUUGACCCUGAAGUACUACAGGAGCUAAACGAGGAGCAAAAAGAAAUGCUGUUUGAAAAACUAAGACAAGAGCAGCUGAGGAAAUGGAGAAUAAGAGAGGAGGAAUUGCUAAUGAAAGAGAGAGCAAUGCCAGCUAAGCCUCCUAAAAAACCCAAAAUAAAUUUCCUUGAAGGAUCAGACGGUCGUCCAUGGGUAUGGGUAAUGGGUGAACACCCUGAUGAUCUGCCGUAUGAAGAGCUAGUUAGAAAAAAAGAAGCCAAGGAAGAAGAAAAGAGAAGAGAGAGUGUAAGAAAGGAAGCCGAGGAACUAGCAAAGCUUGAAACUAGAGAUAUUUUACUGGCAGAUGAUGAUUCUAGCAAGCCUCUUGCACAUUCAGAAUCAUUCAUGGAUACAGUCAUGGCUGAGUCUCCUGAUGGAAUCAGGAAAGCUAAAGUGAUAGGCCUGUGGCAAAAGGCAAUUGAUAAUCGAACAACACUUGUACAAAGCAUGACAGAGGAAGAGAAACAAGCAUAUGAGAAAAGGAGAGCAGAUGAACUGCAUGAGAAUAUGUUAAAAAGCAAUGAAGUUAAAAUGACUAGAGCAGCAGAUGUUGCAAUGGAAGCAUUGAGACAAUGGCGUGAAUCAGAAGAGAAAGCAAAAGCUUUAGAAAAGAAGCACAAGAUAUCAGUGUCAAAAGCAAAGGAGAAAGUCAAGGGCGAAGUAGCUGAUGAAGAAAUACUUGCUAGUAUUCCUGAUGAAAAGAAGAAACAGCUCACACGAAAACUAAGUGAAAAGAAACUUGGCACAAAAGCAGUCGAGCAGAAAGUGGAGGAACCUGUAGCCAAAGGGAAGGAAAAAAUAAUGCUUAGGUGGUCUAGCUUUGUUGCAAAGGACACAAAGCCUAAGAGCAUUGAUCAUGCAAUUAAAUGGUUUCGAGAGCAAGAGGCUCCCAAAGGUGUAGGAAGAGAAUCAGAUGGUUCAAUCAGUUUGUGGUUUCAUGGUCCAAUUAAAAGGGACACUGCAGAUACCGUACUCCAACCCAAGCCUUCUGGAAUGUACCUUGUGAGACUGAGUCAUAAAGUUUGGGGAUACACCAUUUCAGUCAAAGUGACCGAGGCUGUGAAGCAUUAUGUUGUGGAUGUUAGUACACCAAAUGUGUACAAAUUCAUUGGGAAGCAACAACCUGAAUUCCCUUCAUUGAAAGAGCUGCUCAAGUACUACAGACGAUAUCCAGUUACAUGGAAAGGAAAGGAAGUUCUAUUACUAGCAUGUGAACAGUCUCCGGAAUUACUACUGGAGACAAAGGCUCUCUAUCAAGAUACUGAAGAAGCUGAAGAAUAGAAAUAAUUUUAAUAUUAAAGUAACAUCAAUAUUAUUAUCAGCGUAGUGUGUCCUAUUAUAGUCUAGUACGUCCCUGACAUUCUACAUCAUUAUUAAAAUAAUGAUAAUAAUAAUAAUAAUAAUUGUUAUUAGUUAAAUAUAAUGCUGACACUUAUUAUUAUCACGAAAAUCAAUACAAAUAAGUCACAGUCACAAAUCACAGACAAA